GAAAAAUAAAUGGCUCAUCACAUUGCGUUUUCUCUGUUUGCUAUAUCCUCCUUUUUAUCCGUUAGCUUGAUUUCAUCGGAGACUUUCUCGGACGUCGGAUCGGAAGUUGAUCCAUUGAUCAGGCAGGUAACGGACGGUCAGGAUGGAGCCGAGCCACAGCUUCUGACCGCAGAGCAUCAUUUCUCUCUAUUCAAGGCACGGUUCAAGAAAUCGUACGGGUCGAAGGAGGAGCACGAUUACCGGUUCAAGGUUUUCCGGGAUAACCUGAGACGAGCAGCGCGUCAUCAGAAGCUUGACCCGUCUGCGACUCACGGUGUGACUCAGUUCUCCGAUGUUACUCCCCGCGAGUUCAGGAAGAUGUAUUUGGGAUUAAGGAGAUUGAGACUGCCUAAAGAUGCGACCGAGGCACCGAUUUUGCCUACCGAUAGUUUGCCUGAAGAUUUUGAUUGGAGAGAAAAAGGAGCUGUCACGCCCGUCAAAAAUCAGGGUUCAUGCGGAUCAUGCUGGUCUUUUAGUACGACAGGAGCCUUGGAAGGUGCUAAUUUUCUGGCAACUGGGAAACUCGAGAGCCUUAGUGAGCAACAGCUCGUAGAUUGUGAUCAUGAGUGUGAUCCGGAGGAAGCAGGUUCUUGUGACUCAGGAUGCAAUGGUGGGCUCAUGAAUAGUGCUUUGGAGUAUACACUCAAAGCUGGUGGACUCAUGCGCGACGAAGAUUACCCUUACACUGGCACUGAUCAUGGGACAUGCAAAUUUGACAAGACCAAGAUUGCCGCAAAGGUGGCUAAUUUCAGUGUUGUUUCCCUUGAUGAGGAUCAAAUUGCUGCUAAUCUAGUGAAGAAUGGCCCUCUUGCAGUGGCUAUAAAUGCAGUGUUCAUGCAAACGUACAUCGGGGGUGUUUCUUGCCCAUACAUUUGCUCUAAACGUCUUGAUCACGGAGUAUUGUUGGUGGGGUACGGCUCGACAGGCUAUGCUCCGAUCCGGUUGAAGGAUAAACCAUAUUGGAUCAUUAAGAACUCAUGGGGACCAAACUGGGGAGAGAACGGGUUCUACAAAAUCUGCAGGGGUCGCAAUGUUUGUGGGGUUGACUCAUUGGUCUCAACUGUUGCGGCUGUUAAUACCAACUCUGAAUAGUGUGUCUGCACAGACUAUUUGGGAAACUUGAUGUGUGUUUUUUACAUUAAGCUUUGUGUGUUUCAUGUCUCUGGAUUGUGUUAAAAUAUAUUCUUUUAGCAUUUUACAAUUUA